CACCAUAGCAACGCGGCCCUACCCCAGCCCCGUCCCGCCCGUCAAAACACCCGCUUACGAAAUUAUACAUAUCGCUACCAGAAAAAAAAUCCCCAGCGCAGCGCCGCGCAUUCCGCUUGCUCUCCACACUGCAUUCCUCGCUGAGCAGCCCGCAUUCCACCCCCGCACCCAUGGACCCCGACCACCGCGAGCGCCGCCGCCGCGAGCGUAGAGAAUCCCGCGCCGAGCACACCGACACCGAGCGCCGCCGCCGCAAGGGACACCGCGCGACGGACUCCCAGGGCGACUUGCUACCGCCGCCGCGGCAGGCGAGGCGCCAGAGCGACUCCGAGUGGGAGUCGCCUAGCCCGCGCAAGAAGCGCGAUUCGCGGGCGACGACGCCCGGGGAGAGCACGCCUAGUGGCAGUCGCGACUCGGCGCCGCUGAGUCUGGAUGCGCUGGCGAGGUUGGAUAAGGCGAAUGCGAAGAGGGCGGGGUGGAAGGGCCGGGAUUAUGAUGAACUGUAUUUGAAGGAGGUUAGGAGGAAGGAGGAGAGGAGGGAGAAGGAGAGGUUGAGGGUGGAAGAGGAGAAGCGGAGGGCGUAUGAGAGUGAUGUGGCGGCUGAGGAGGAGGCGCGGAGACGGAAGGAGGAAAGAAGGCAGGAGGAGAGACGGAAGGCGAGGGAGCAGAGGAAGAGCGCGUAUACGGAUGAUGAGAGGGAGAAGAGGAGAAGCGCUUAUGCGGCUGAGGAAAGGGAUAAGCGGGGGAGUUAUACGGAUGCUGAGCGCGAGGAGAGGAGACGGCGAUAUGAGGAGAAAUAUACUCCGUCGGAACGCGCCGAGCGAAAAGAGCGGAAACGACAAGGGAAGCAGCAUCGCACCGAACAGAAAAAGCGGAGGCUCGUCAGCGGCCCCUUGGCUGAAGAGGGCGGCGUGGACGACGACGACGAAUAUCAGUACAUGAUGGAGAAGCGGGGCGGUGCCGGCAGCGAGACCAGAGUAUACACGGAAGAGGAGCUGGCACGGCGAAAGAAGAUCAAGUGCAUAGUGAUUGGCGUCGUGUCUGUCCUCAUCAUCCUCGCCAUCAUCAUUCCAGUUGCGGUAAUGAUGUCUAAGAAAAACAACGACCAUCCAGGCGAAAGUGUAGCUGCAGCCGGUGCUCAGAAACCUGCCAACAGCAAUCUCGACGGGAAGGAUCCGAAUAGUGUCCCCGCGGAUAAGAAAGGAACGAUUUAUGACCCGUGGGCUUGGUGGGAUACGACGGACUUCAAUGUGACUUAUACCGGCGCGACUGUUGGCGGCCUCCCUAUUAUUGGCCUUAAUUCUACCUGGGACGACGACGUCCAAGCGAACGAGAAGGUGCCGAAUCUUAAAGAUACGUUUGAGUAUGGCAAGAUGCCUAUACGAGGCAUCAAUGUCGGCGGCUGGCUCAACAUCGAGCCCUUCAUCACGCCAUCUUUCUUCGAGUCGUACGGCACUCGCGACAACAUAGUCGACGAGUGGACACUGUGCACGAAGCUCGGGGCCCAGAAGUCUAAAGAAACAUUGGAGAAGCAUUAUUCGGCGUUCGUCACGAAGCAAACCUUCGUCGACAUCCGCAACGCUGGCUUCGAUCACGUCCGCAUCCCCUUCGGCUACUGGAUGGUAGAAACCUAUGAUGGCGACCCCUACGUCUCGCAAGUAUCAUGGCGCUACCUCCUCCGCGGCAUCGAAUACGCGCGCCAAAACGGCCUCCGUGUAAACCUCGACUACCACGGCGCGCCCGGAUCCCAGAACGGCUGGAACCACUCGGGCAGGCAAGGCGUCAUCGGCUGGCUCAACGGCACAGACGGCGACCUCAACGCCCAGCGCUGGCUCGACAUCCACCACAAGCUCUCCGUCUUCUUCGCGCAGCCCCGCUACAAGAACAUCGUCACCAUGUACGGCAUCGUCAACGAACCGCGCAUGGUCGACAUGAACACCAACAUCGUGCUCAACUGGACGCAAAAAGCCAUCGACCAGAUCCGCAAAGACAACAUCACCGCCGUCCUCGUCUUCGGCGACGGCUUCCUCGGCCUGGACAACUGGCAGGGCAAGCUGCAGGGCAACGACAACCUGCUGCUGGACGUGCACCAGUACGUCAUCUUCAACGUCAACCAGCUCUCGCUCAAGCACACGGACAAGCUGAAUUUCGCCUGCGCGGCCUGGACCCAGCAGUCCAAACGCAGCAUGGACACCACCACUGGCUUCGGCCCCACCAUGUGCGGCGAGUGGUCCCAGGCCGACACAGACUGCACGCAGUACAUCAACAACGUCAACACCGGCACGCGCUGGGAAGGCACCUACGACACGGGCAAUGCCUCCACCAGCAUCCUGACCCCGCAAUGCCCGCCAAAAGACAGCACGUGCAGCUGCAGCAACGCCAACGCGGACCCCGCUAGCUACAGCGACGCAUAUAAGAAGUGGCUGUACCAAUUCUCCGUCGCCCAGAUGAUCAGCUUCGAGGCCGGCUGGGGCUGGUUCUAUUGGACCUGGGAGACGGAGAAGGCGACGCAGUGGAGUUGGAAACUCGGCAUGAAGGCGGGCAUACUGCCGAGUAAGGUGUGGGAGAGGGACUUUGAUUGUCCGAGCAGUGUGUCUGAUUUGGAGGAUUUUGGGGAGUUGGGCUUGAGCGAGACGUAUUAAGGUACCCCAGGCAUGCGUGCGUUGUUGGAAGGAUGAGUUGGACUAG